ACUCGCAGUGUAUGUUCGAUUCAUUAACUUCCUGUUAAUGAACUUGAAGAUGUAAUUACAUAGUUGUUGUACUGAGCGACAAAAGCAUUAUUCACACACUUUUUAUGAAGGCUGAAGGCUGGAAUAUAAUUUACAGGUUAAAAUUGUUCGUACAAGCAAGAACCAAGCGCAAGAUAUAGGCUGUUCAUUGUCGUUCUCCAAAACUGUGUCAAAGUGUAUACGAUCUAUUCAAAAACGGUUUCCCCUUCACUCUAGUGACAAUGUCCCUUUCAUUUGCCUACGAUUUAUUAAUGUACAUACUGGCACGAAUUUAUGAAUUCAUCUGGUGCAGAGAUAAGCCCAUUCCAUUGAAAUGUUUGGUUGGAAAAACAGCGAUUGUAACUGGAGGAAAUGCAGGUAUUGGCUUAGCGACAGCAACUGUCUUGGCCUCCAGAGGUUGUAGAGUAAUUUUGGCCGAUUGUCAAAAUGGUGAAUCAUCAAGAGAUCAAAUAAUAGCCUCUACUGACAACAAGAAUAUUGUUUAUAAACAUUUGGACCUUUCUUCCCUACAGUCAGUUAGAAAUUUCGCCGCUAAUAUUUGUAAGACGGAAGAGAAAAUAGACAUAUUGAUUAAUAAUGCCGGCAUAGGACUCACUAAAAGAUUAGUAUCAGUAGAUGGACUCAAUUACCUUAUGCAGGUCAAUAUUUUUGGAGCUUUUUUGUUGACUCAUCUUUUACUAGAACCAAUGAAAAAAGCAAAACAAGCUAAAGUCAUAUUCGUGAGCUCUGUUCUGGCAAAUUUUCAUAGUCUUAGAGCAGAAAAACUGAAUAUAACCGAUUUCGAAAUGGAUGAUGAACAUCAAAUUCUAUUGUACAGCAACUCAAAGGCCUGUUGCAUUUUGGCAGCCCAAGAAUUCGGCAAAAAAUUGGAGAAAUAUGGAAUCACGGCCAAUUCUAUUGAUCCUGUUGGGGUUAGAACUCAAAUUUUCAAACCACUAGGAGAUUAUAACAAUUGGCUGAUGAAGUCAUUUUUGAUGGUUGGUCUUCAACUUGCGGCACAAGAUGUCCUAGAUGUUGCUAACUGUUUCCUUAAUGUGGCUAUCAGAAAUGAACCCGCUACCAAUGGCAAAAAUUAUGUUUUGUCUCAUAUUGGAAGAAAACCAACAAUUCUCAUGGAUAGGAAACUUUGCCAAGAUUUGUGGUCGAAAAUGGAAGAUUUAGUUGAACUGAAGCCUGAAGAGAAAAUAGUUUCAUAGGAUAAAUUCAAUUUGAAAAAAAAAAUUUAAUCAGAUUAUCGUAAUUAUUGAGAAUAUUUUUUUUAACAAGUGUGAAGUCAUAUUGAUUUGUAAAUACGGGUUCAAGGAUCUCUCUGAAAGCCUUCGAAGGUCUAAUAAAGUUCUCUGUCUACAU